AUGAAUGCUGCUAAAGGAUAUAUGUCAGAUAAUGGCGGCUUUUCAUUUCCUAAAGAGCAUGGGCAUUCUGAUGAAGAUGCCGAGGAAUACCAAAAAAUUGCAAAGAAAGCACAUGAAAAUUUAACGUCUACCGGAGAGACAGAAGUCAAUCAUGAGGGAGUUCUUGAAAAACAUAAAAAAAUUUAUGAAUCGGAUAAUGUAGAAGAACACUCUGGUGAAGAACUUGGCCACGCUGCGGCUUUUGAAGCGUUAAAAAAAGUAUGUACUGGAGGAUCAUAUGAUAAAUCCGAACUUCUUUCAUUGGCGAUGAGUGAAGGUAUGAAACUUUGGCAAAAAAAACAAUCUUAUGGUGGUGGUGAUGGCGGCGGCGGAAAAGAGGAGAUUUUAUCAGGUGCUGCAUCCAUGGCGAUGAAACUAAUGAAUAAAGGUGAUAGCGGUAGCGGUGGUUUAGCCAGCUUGGCAUCGACUUAUUUUAAAUAA